UUUUUUUUUCUGUGCAAAAUUGUUUACCAAAUAAAGUAGCACCUCAAUUACUAAAAAAUUGAGGCAUGCAAUACCUUUUUUGUGAAUACCAGGUUUGUGACCUAAAUCAAGGAGCAACUGUGAAUUAUAAAAAAAAAAAAAAUUAAUCAAAAAUGUCGUUGAGGGAAAAGUGUCUGAAUUGAGUUAUGGAAGUGUGAUUUUCUUAUGUGCGACUUUCAACAAAAUGUGUGAAGUUGAGAAUAUAAUUAGACAUUCUUAUUGGUGUUAGAUAUAUAUUUUAUGCCUAGAGCAAAAAAUUGAAUUUCAUAGUUUAUUUGCUUUUGCGACGCGAGUGCAAAUUGAUGCUUGAAUUGAGAGUUGUUGUAAAAAUGAUUCAACACAUAUACUUAAUUGCUAUUGUCGCAGUUUUACUCAAAUCAUGGACACCAACAUCAAGUCUUCCACAUGGUGCUCCAGAAACAAUAUGUGACACAAUGCUGCCAUAUCAUAGUGGCAUAGAGCCGUCAAAUUCGGUGCCACCCUUUCGGAUAGAACCAUCCGCAGCGAUGAUUGGUCAAGGACAAACUUUGAGGGUUGACAUUGUGGGCGCACCAGAAGGUCUUAAUUUUGGCGGCUUUAUGAUCCAAGCUAGAAAUAGAAACCCACCUUAUCAAAUUUUGGGACAAUUUAAUCCUACUGCAGAUGGUUCAGCAAAGCUGAUGAAUUGCGAAAAUUCAGUAAAUAAUUCAGCAACUCAUUCCAAUGCCAGUCCAAAGCCAGUCAUUAGUUUGGAAUGGCAAUGUCCAGUCGACUUCCUUGGUCAAAUUGUAUUCAAUUCCACAGUCGCACAAACCUAUGAUACAUUUUGGGUUGGUAUUCCAUCAAAUCCAAUUCAAGUGGUUAAACGCGAAAUUGCUCCUUCAGUUAUUGGUAUAUCAAGUACCCGUCCUCCCCUAACAAACACAGUAAGGAAUUAUGUGCCUGAACCCGAGAAGGAAGCAGCAGUGCCUAAAGUAGAUGAUCCAUUUUACAAUGGAUGUGCAAGAAGUAAAACAUGCUUUGGAUUCCCAGAUGGAUGUGUUAAAACUAAAUCAUGUGUGGCUGUUGGAUCAGUUAUUGUCCGUGGUGAUAUUUAUGAAUUCGAACUUAAGGGUGCAACAAACGAACCAGCUUAUCUUGCAUUAGGAUUGUCAACUGAUGAUAAAAUGGGUGAUGAUUUGGUGACAGAAUGUAUUGUACAAAAUGGCAAAGUCGCAUUAUUCACAUCGCUGACGUCUGGAAAGCCAAACUAUGGAACAACCAGAAUUGGAGUUCCCCAAAAAAACGCCAAAAUAGUUGAUUCAUCACUCAUCGAUGGUAAAAUUUAUUGUAAAGUCCAAAGGGACAUACUAACAACUGUUCAAGGCCAAAUGUUUGAUCUGAUGAACAAUCAAUAUUACAUUAUGGUCGCACUAGGAAAAAGCGUUAAAGAUAAUGGUGCUGGUUACCAUGACAUAGGUCGUAUAGUUUCCGGAAAAGCAAUCAUACUUUCUGAUGUCCAAGAUCUCUCUGGAUCAUCUAAUAUUUUACUUCGACUUCAUGGUGCCUUCAUGGUAACUGCCUGGAUUGGAACGACAUCACUUGGAAUACUUUUGGCUCGGUACUUUAAACAGACCUGGGUUGGUAGCCAUACUUGCGGAAAGGAUCAAUGGUUUGCGUGGCAUAGAAUAUGCAUGGUUACAACAUGGGGCUUGACAAUGGCUGGAUUUGUGAUAAUAUUUGUUGAAAUUGGAGGUUGGUCAGCUGCUCGCAACCCACACGCUAUCUUGGGUGUGAUAACGACGGUAUUAUGUUUUAUUCAACCUAUCGGAGCAAUAUUCAGACCCGGACCCAACGACAGAAAGAGGCCAAUUUUCAACUGGUUGCAUUGGUUAGGUGGAAAUUUAGCUCAUAUUAUUGCAAUUGUUGCAAUAUUCUUUGCGGUGAAAUUGUCCAAGGCAGAACUUCCAGAGUGGAUGGAUUGGAUUUUGGUGGCAUUUGUUGCCUUCCAUGUUAUUGUUCAUUUAAUAUUUUCCGUUUUUUAUUGUUCACAGGUUGGAGGCUGUAUGGCUGAUCGGCAAAUUAGCCAAAGAGUUAACUCAUUCCCAAUGGGUGAUAUGUCAGGCAAUAGGAAUGGUAUAAAAUUAGAAAGAAAAAUGGAUGCACCGUUCGCUAGUUUCCGGAAGGGACUUUUAAGUGUUUACAUUAUUAUGCUGAUUUUCUUCGUUGUUGUGUUAGAUAUUAUCGUCUGUUUGGCACCAAUUGAUCGAGCUUAUGAUGAACUCAAAAGCAAAUUGGCAAAUUAGUCUUUAUAAACUUUUCUUUUUAUAAUCAUUUUGUAUCUAAUAUAAUUAAGUUAUUUUUGUUAUAUCUCUUUUUGUAUAAUUUAAGUUUUUGUUAUACAAAAUGAUGGUUGCACGACAAUUUUUGUAAGAUUGCAAACAUUCUAAGAAUCAGUUAGUGAAAAAAAGUAAAUAACAACAAAAACAACAGAUGAAGACGAAUCAUAUAAAAAAUGCUAUAGACUAUGUUUACAUACCGUUUUCACUUUUUUUGACGGGAUAGUUUUAAAUGGCCAGAUUUAUAAAACUAGAAACUAAUCUCAUGAAAUGGAUGUUAAUUCAGUUUUGUAGCUUUAUUUAAACUUAAAACCAACAUACUCUAUACAUCUUACCACUGUUGACUUUGUUUGCAUUCUUAGAAUUAGUUUUUCAAAAUUGAUGUGCUACCAUAAAUGUUAUUCUCACAAUAUAAUAAGUAGUAAUGUUUUUUUUUUUUUAUUAAAAUUAAUAUUAUCAAAUUCGAUACCUGUAAUCAAUCGUAGUACAUAUUG